GUCAUGUUCAUGUCAUAUAACCGUAGCUCCAAGCGUUAAAUCCUCCUUGAGUGACGAAAUUUAAGUGCACACCAAAACGAUGUUGCAAGAGCCUUAAGGUUUUUGUAGAGCGCGGGAGUGGACGGUCCGACCGCCAGCGGCGCCGACGCCGCGACUAGUAUCCACUUGGCUCUCGAACGACGCGCGCGCAUGUGAUACCAGCACCAGAUACCGAUACCGAUACUGUAUAAAAGGGCGCGCGCCCUUGGUACCACACAGUUCACUUCAUACCGGGCUUGGUACCACGCAGUACACGUAAACACCACAUAAAACUUUAAAAUGGACUUCCGUCACAGCCAUGGAGAUCACGACCACGAUGAUGGCGAGGGGGUUAUUCUGGCUAAAGGGGUGGCUAUGGCUGUCCUUUUCUGUGCUUCCAUGGUCUGCGGGAUCGUUCCUCUGCUGCUGGCGAAGAAGUUCAACUGGGUGUCGGCUGGAGAGGCGAGCAACCUGAAGUCUACGAAUCGGAUAGUGAUGACAUUGCUGUCUUUUGGGGGUGGUGUGCUCCUGUCGACCACCUUCAUGCAUCUGAUACCUGAAGUGGACCACAAUGUGGAGUAUUUAGAAUCGACCAACCAAAUCGGCAGCUUCGAGUUCUCCCUGGCCCACCUGCUCAUGUGCUGCGGCUUCUUCAUCAUGUACCUGGUCGAGGAGUUGGUGCAUCUGUACAUACAUCGACGGGAGCGACAGAACGCUAAGACCAUGCCGCUCGUCCGGAACCUGAGUGUGCGCAAGAGCCGAUCCAGCCCGGACACCGCGGGGGAGAGUGUCACCAACUCUACUGCGGACCUCAUCGAGCCCGAAAAAUUGAAGGACGACGUGGAAGUGAACCACAACGGUCACACCCACCACCACCACAGCCACAUGCCCGUAAACAGCGGCGGCGAUGACGUCACCGCAGCCCUUCGAGGACUUCUCAUCGUGCUUGCCCUUUCCAUCCACGAACUCUUCGAAGGUCUAGCUGUUGGAUUAGAAUCAAGUGCUUCGAAUGUGUGGUACAUGUUAGGAGCAAUCUCAGCCCACAAACUGGUGAUCGCCUUCUGUAUCGGCGUAGAGCUAAUCGCAACCCGCACCAAAACGUGGUUGGCUAUUAUCUACAUCACAACCUUCGCCAUCGUGUCGCCCAUGGGCAUCGGCAUCGGCCUAGCGUUAGUCGGCGGGCAAGGAGCCACUGCCGCUGGCGUUUACUCAGUAGUCCUGCAAGGCUUGGCUUCAGGAACGCUGCUUUACGUUAUCUUCUUUGAGAUUUGGAAGGGCGACAGAUCGGGCGUGUUGCAAUAUAUAUCUGCCCUGGUAGGAUUCGCGCUGAUGUUUGGAUUACAGUUACUUACCCCUCAUACUCACUCCCAUGGCGGCGACGGUCAUACUCACGACAGAAAGUGAAGAUAACGGGAUUUAACUGCUACCAGGAAUUGACACGUUGAAGUUUACUGAAAAAACUAUUCCUAGUGAAAAAACUUAUAGCUCAUCAAUUCAUCUAAUACAUAUUAUAAUUCAUUUCAAAUAUUACCCAUGUCGCUGGGGGCCUUGAGUUGAAUGAUUUUAUGACGAUAUGCUUUGCUGCACUGUACGUUCAAGUUCUAAGAUAUCGAUGCGACAAAUUGUGCAUAUAUUAUACUUGUGAUCGACCUUAGUGCCAUAAUAUUAAGGUCGUGUCGUGUACGCCUACAUAGUUUUGCGAAAUAGGUUGCACCGAUAUCGUAGUUACCUUCUCAUUUGUAGGCUGUAAAUGUGUAACCGUGUUUUAAAAUAGGAAUUAAAUGCCUACUAUAGUAUAUACUUGUUGUAAAUAAAGGCUAAGGAAAAUAUAUAUUGUUAUGUGAUAACAUUGUCAUUCUAAAUGCAGCGCUGCCAUGUUUCAUGGUACGUCUUAGUUAGACAUGUAAUAAGCUUGUAGUAAUAAAAUUUUAUUAUUUGUGACUUUAAUACCGCUACGAGGGAAAUUAGCUCAAUAUUUGAACAGUUUUUGAUGCAGAGACGAUGAACAUAAAUCUAGUCAUCGAUUUAUUUUAUAUUUAAGACCUAUAUAUUAUAUUUCGUAUAUGUUAUAGAAGCUAUAUAUAAUUAGAUAUAUUUAUCCGCCGAAUGCCCAGUUAUUGUGCAGAGUGUAACGGAAUGUGUAAUUGUAUAUUCGACCUGCAAUGUAACCUGAUUCUUAUAUACAAAAAAACACGUUGAACUUUGAACGAUAGACGUUGGUAAUUGGAAUUAAUUUAUACGUAGUUUUCAUUUGCGCUAAACCGAAUUUGUAUUAGGUAUUUAUUUUAAAUCAGCUGACAUGUCAUUUAUGCUGUUCAUUACAAUGUGACAUACUCAACAUAUUAAUGUCAUUGUACAAAUAUUAUUAUGAAAAAAUAUCGUAUUGAUUAGUAAUGAACGCGUGAAUAGUAUGAAACAAAGUGAUAUCCGUAAACAAUUGAAUAUUACUAAGUUAUCUUUAUUGUUACUGUAAAAUUAAACCAAAUAAGGUUUGUGCCUUAUUAAUAGGUGUACCUAUUACCAGUACACUGUUGUCCGAAUGUAACUUAUGAGCUUUUCCUACAACACUGAUGAUAUAGUUAUCGCUUUUAUUCCCUCCACCGCGCUCUUUGCCAAUAGUAAUCAUGUUUUAUUAUUAUUAUUAGACUUAACUAGACUUCAUUAUUUUAUUUAUGUAAAAAGCAUCAUCAGACUGUGAUAUUAAAUUAUUCGGGUAGCGCAAGAUGAGCUUAAAUUACGAUUUAAAGAUUUCGUGCAUUUAGAGCGUAAAUAUCGGUACAAAAUAAAAUGGACACAGUUAAUAAUACUAAAGCAGUAAAUAUUAUAUGUCAUUGUAUUUUAGGUAAUUAAACUAUUGUUAAUAUAAAGUGAUUUAAGAUAAUCUAUGCAGGAUUGCAAUUUCGGGCCACGUAAGACUCCUGAGUAUAACUUUGACAUGACAGGAUUUGUUUAUUUCGGACUGUUUUUCAUGAUAUUCCAGUGAAGUGGAAUAUGAUGAAAUACAAAAGAAGACCUUAAUCCCUUAUAAUAAAGCGAAAGAUAUACACAUUAAAUUGAGACGCCAUUGUUACCUAUAUGAAAUAUUUUUAUAGACUAAAACCUUAUUCACAAAUCAAAGCCGAACAAUUCUAAUAGAACAGUAAAUUUAUUAAAUAUAUACGAUUUAAAUGUUAUUUUAAUAUUAUACAAAACUAUUAUGUAUAGUGUUCUGUGUGUUUCGUUUUUUGGAGAUUGCGUCGGUUUUGGCUCGAAGAUCGUCAUAUGCAUGUCUGAAGAUAUGCAACCUCCUGAGUGUAAAUAUUUUCGAAACAUUAAGAUUUGUGUGCUACGUAUAGAUAGGAUGCCAUUAAUCAGGAUGUUAAUGUGAAAGAUAUUUUUUUAUUGUCUUCUAUUAAAUUAAUAAAUAACUGUGAAAACAUUA